UAAAUGUGCACGAGGGUUGAGUGACUGAGAGAGUGAAUGUGUGUGUCGCGCAGAUUACAAAGAGGAAUCUACGAACCGAGCGCGCGCGGCGGCGCCCCGCAAACCGCGACACAAUGUAGCAAACCGAACCGCCGUAAUAGCACACGAGAGUCCAGUUUGACCGGACCGAAGUCAACUGAACUAUGCCCAGCGCCGAGAGAACUUUACCUGAACUCGAGAGGAACUCUUUCUUACACUGCGAAAUGGCGGAGAGAAGUGGUGACGUGAACACCCUCACUGUGCCAAUGGUCAUGCGUAGAGGAGGUUCAGAGACGUGUUUAGAUCUGGAUUCUGAUCUGGUGGUACGGGACAGCCCACGAUCACGUACUGGUCUGGACUCCCUGCAGCAGAAAGUGCUAAAAGUAAAAGAGCAGUUGAGAAUUGAACAAAAUUUACAGGAUGAAAACGUGGCAGAGUAUCUCAAACUCAUUAACAGCGCCGACAAGCAGCAGAGCAGCCGUAUCAAACAAGUCUUUGAGAAAAAGAACCAGAAAACGGCACACAAUAUCGCUCAGCUUCAAAAGAAGCUAGAGCAGUAUCAACGCAAAAUGAAGGAAUGCGACAUCUCAAAUGGGACCAAACACACGCCACCACACCCCAAAGAAAAUGAGUUGUCCAAAGACAACCUCAAGGAAAGUGUGGUCACAGGAAGUGGGCGCCACCCACAUUUGGACAAAGUCAAAACUAUCGGCCCGGGAGUUUCGCUAUCGCCACCGUUCUUCUUCAGCAAACCCAGAGAGAUUGCAAACCUCAUUCGCAACAAAUUUGGUAGCGCGGACAACAUUGCACACCUAAAGAGCACCAUGGAGACGGGAGGUGGGCUGCAGGCGGAAGGGGGAGCACGAAAUCUGAGCGGCAGCGCCACGAUAACCCCUAAACCCAAAUACCCAAGCGAUGACGAGUGCUCCACAGAGACGUCUGUGUCGGUUGAGAGUAAUGGUCAUGUGACUGGAUCAGGUGUGACAGGGCAGCACAGCGGGUCUGGGAGAGAAGGAGCCCAAGGGGAAAACAGCAGCCGGCUGGUGGAAGCAUGGGAGGAAAUCAGGGAGUUGAGAGUGACUCAGAAUCUCAUGGCAGAAGACAUUGAGACUCUGAAGAACCAGUUUAGAUGUGAAUUUGAGAAUAUUAUGCAAACACUACAAGAGGAGCGGUACAGGUGUGAGCGGUUGGAAGAACAGCUGAACGACCUCACAGAGCUCCAUCAGAACGAGACCGGAAACCUUAAACAGGAGCUAGCCAGCAUUGAAGAAAAGAUGGCCUAUCAAGCUAAUGAACGAGCACGAGAUAUACAGGAUGCUUUAGAAAUUUGUCAGACGCGAGUGAGUAAGUUGGAGUUACAGCAACAACAGCAGCAGGUCUUGCAGUUGGAAGGCGCAGACGCCAAAGUGCUGCUGGGAAAAUGCAUCAACAUCAUGCUGGCCAUCGUCACCGUGAUCCUGGUGUGCGUCUCCACUGCUGCUAAGUUUUCCGCUCCACUGAUGCGGAGCCGUCUACACGUGUUCGGGACUUUCGUAUGCGUCUGUCUACUGGUGUACAGCUGGAGCAACUGGGAGCAUUUGCAGUGUGCAAUAGAACGAAUGUUGCUGCCCAGAUGAGAGACAUAAAACAUGCAUUCGCAUGCGUGUUCAGCGAUGUUCUCGUCAGAUUAAGUGCUCCUCAUGGGAUGUUCCCUUCAAAAUGUGACUGUCCCAAGAUGUUUGCUUUAACACUUUUUCUUUUUUUUGUCUGUUUUGUUUUUGUGUGUAUGUGAAAGUAUUCAAGAUGUACUGUAGCAGAAACGGGUCCAUCUCUGUGACUGUAUUGUGUUACUUCAAACAGCUUUUGUUAGCCGUGUCUUAAAAGUAAAGGUUAAACGCCUUUUUAAAGUUUGAUGUGCUUUUUUUAGGUGGCGAUGGUGUGUAUAGGCUUACAAAAACACAUCUGGGUAAUAUUUCAUCCCACAAUCAUAAGGAAAAAAACUGCAUAAAGAAAAUGAAGACUAAUAUGAGACCAUAGUUUUUACUUUAGUUUAAUUAUUUUUUUUGUAUCAAUUUUACAUUUUUCUCAAGGGUGUUAAUCACAUGUUUUUUUUUUUUUUUCUUGUUUUAAUAUACUUUUUUUUUAUUAUUAUUAUUGCAGUAAUGAGAACGUUUGGGAAACAAGCUUGAUUUUCUUUAUGCCGUGGUUAUUUUUGUUUGCAAUUUUGGGUGAAAUACAAACAAAUGCGCACAUGUUUUAGCCAUGCUUUGUGAGUUUCAUCCGUUUACUGUUUUCUAGCAUUAUUUGUACUGUUGAAAUGGCCUGAAGUUCUUUUCACUGGCACUUUAAACACAGCGCCCAGGUUUAUGAGAUUCUGUGUGGGUUUUUUAUUUUUUUUUUAUUCUUUGGUCUGAGCGGUGGUGCUCUGUACUGACCACAAAAGAUGGAAACACUGUCUUUUUGUUUGUUGUGUAAUAGAAAUGCCUUGGGGGUUAUAGAAACUGGAACAUGAGAAGGAAACAAAUGUCUCUGUCAAGUUUAUGUAACAUAUUCUGAACUGUUUCUCGUGAAAGUUAGAAUUACUAUUUUUAUAUACAUUUUUAAUUUGCUUUAUGCUCUAACGAUUCCCACAAUGCAAACUGAUUUUGGCAUUAUUACCACUGUCCCUUUGAGUGUGUGCCUACCUGUGGUUUUGACUGAAGACUGUAUAAGCCACAAAAUCUGAAUUUACCCAUCAAGAUGAACUAAAAUGUGGUGUAAAUUAAAGUUGUAGAGGCAUUUUACCUUUAAGCAUGGGGAAAGUGAUUUUAUUUUAUACAUGCUUCAGUGUCUAUGUGGUAGGAGACUGGUCUGGUCUUAAAUGUCGUCUAAACCUAAAAUUAAACGGCCUCGUUUUUACUUACA